AAUUUUUUCGAUCAUAAUUUUAUGAUUUUGUCAAGUGCUGACAACAAUGCCGUCCCCCGGUAUCUUACUGGGGCUGUUGUUGAUUUUCGGCUCGUCGACAGGAAUCUUUGGAUAUGACUACUAUGAUGAGUAUUAUUAUAAUGAUGACGAACCACGAGAGAUUUCAAAGGAGCAAAUCAAAGCGAUACAGUCCGUCAUGGAUGCAGUGCUGAAUCAAAAUAUCGAAAGAGUUGAUAACAGAACGUCUAAAGAGCUUAAAGCUCUAUCAAGUCGGUGUGUCAACUAUGUAGAUUCGUUCUCCAAAUCUUGCGAAGCAAUUAACUGUGAAACCGGGAAUCUGUUUGAUAAGAUAAAAGGAGGAAUAACGAAACUGACGAAAAAGGUUAUAGGAAAGGCCAAAGAUUUCUUGAAGAAGGGACUGAAGGCGAUCUUCAGGUUUAGAGAAAGGCGGGUGUUCAAAGGAAUAAGAAAAGGCAUCCGAAAAAUUACAAGAAAAAUUCGCAGAAUAGUGCGACUCCCACGGGUCAGGGUACGGGUACGCCGGGCACUCAGAAGAAUAGGGAGGAGUGUGAGGAAAAUCAGUGGGAAGGUCCGCAGAUUAGUGCGCCGCGUGAGGGUGAGAGUUAGACUUCCACGGAUCAGACGUAUCGUUCGGGUCAGGGUCAGACUCGGGAGAUGGCGAGGGCGAAGGUGGGGAAAGAAGAAGCGAUCGACAUGCAGUGAAUGUUCACGAAUGUCCGAUUUGAGCGAGGAACUACUCGUGGAAAGAAUGUGUCCAUAUUUGAAGAAAGCUGAGCAGAGAGCGACGAGUACCAUGGCUUUCCUGUCCAAACUGUUGUCAGAAAUGGAAGAGGGAUACCCCGCUAUUCAAAAAAUCUUGCAUUAUGAAAACACGUCAGACGAAGCAAAAGUAACGAUGACUGUAAAGGAAGGAAGAACCAGCUAUGUGAUACGGAAUUUCAGCAGAAUCAGCAACAGGCGAGCGGGGGGAAUCUUAGCCCGGUACAUUUUCAGGAGAGCAACGACUGGUGCUUAAAAAGCAAUGUGUGAAAAUAGAUAUCAAUUAAAAUAAAAAUGAAAACGAAUAUCA